AUAACGUCCUGGGCUAGUUCAUAUAAACAAAGACAUGAGAGAAUUUACAUUUCCAAAGAAAAAGGAAAUAGAGAAUGAGCAUUAUGUAGUUGGUUUUCAAAUACAAAAGUUUUCGACGAUUGGAUACUUUAAAACGCGACUUUUAAGUGAAGGAUAAAAUUGAGAAUAGUCCACGUUGCAGAUAAAUCAAAAUUGUAUAUAUAUAUAUUCGGUGCGCGGACACCAUAGUUGCUAGGGAGUGCAGUGUCCAGUUUAAAAUCUAAACCAAAGCGGAUUGAUACACAAUUUGAAGCGGCAAAGGGCGCGUAGGACUGUGGAAAAUUUGAUUAUCAUAUUUACAAAGUCGUUGUUAGGUACAGUAGAUAGUAAGAUCAAAUCAACAUAACGAAAUGGCAGACCAACUGACAGAGGAACAAAUUGCCGAGUUCAAAGAAGCCUUCUCGCUGUUCGAUAAAGAUGGAGAUGGCACCAUCACCACCAAAGAGCUGGGCACAGUGAUGCGCUCGCUGGGACAGAACCCCACAGAGGCCGAGCUGCAGGACAUGAUAAAUGAGGUGGAUGCUGAUGGAAAUGGAACCAUUGACUUCCCUGAGUUCCUGACCAUGAUGGCGAGGAAGAUGAAGGACACUGACAGUGAGGAGGAAAUCAGAGAAGCUUUCAGAGUCUUCGACAAGGAUGGUAACGGCUAUAUCAGUGCUGCAGAGCUGCGUCACGUUAUGACAAACCUCGGUGAGAAACUGACAGACGAGGAGGUGGAUGAGAUGAUCCGGGAGGCUGAUAUCGAUGGAGAUGGACAGGUCAACUACGAAGAAUUUGUGCAGAUGAUGACGGCAAAAUAAUACCGUAAACCCAAAAGAACCCUUCACCACAAGACCAAACAGAGGGCAACACACUCACUGUCAACACUCGACUGUCCUUUUAUUUUUUGCUUUGCAUUUGGUUGCUUUCCCCCUUUGUCCAUUUUGCUUGAUUCACUCAUCUGCAUAAUCUGUUUUCUUUCAUUGUUGCUCUUUUCUUUGACAUUUCUUUUUUUUCUCUCAAGUAAAAUAUUGAACAAUUUCUAGCUAAAAUGUAUAUGGGAAGAGAAAUGCAUGCUGUGUUUCUUUGGGAAUAUUUUUGUGCUACUCUGCUUGCAUUGUUUAUUACAUGGUCUAUUCUCAUGCAAUUUACGGUUGUAGAUAUUUGCUAUCUUUUAGAAGUGCAAAAGAUUAACAUGAUGGGAGAUGACAGGAUUUCAACUAUAAAAUAGACCGUAAUGUACUUCCAUGUGUGUAUGCGCAUGUUUUGGUCAUUUUUUUAAAAUGUUAACAAAAUUCAUGUUUCUUUGAAAUUGUAACACAUUUCUAUUUAAGCAUAUACCCAGACUUAAAUGCAUGCUUACAAACUCAUGAUUAGUUGGCUGCAAAGUUGAACAUUUGGGUAUAGCAGACAUGGUUGUCCAAGCACUCCCCUGUGCCGUGCUGUAUGCAUAUCUCCGUUAUGACCUGAUGUUAAACAUUUGAAGAUUUUCUUAUGCUAGAGCAGGGACGUGUUCAUUAUGCUGUUUCUGUUGCAAAAUGUUUUUGAUUAAACUGAAAACAGAAUAACUUGUGUUUUGGUUAUUAAAUGUUAAUUGGUUUCCCUAAUGAAUAUGCCCCUGGUCUUUCUGUUCAGCACCACCAGUCUUGUUUGAAAUGAUUUAUGCUAUUUUAACAAUCAAAUAAUGAUUUCAUGUAGAUUUCACUUAUGCGUAAAGAUGUAAGGCAUUACUAUUUUUUUAUGGUUAUGACAUAAGUGGCAAUGAACUUCAAACACACUCUGAACAACUUCCCCAAGCAAAUGCCACUCACCUUGUAAUUGUGGUUUUAAAGGAAACUCUGUACAAGAAAAUGCAUUUCCCUGUCUAUUUUUGAAAAUAUGUUACCUGUGGAAGGGUGAAUACAAGUUGUUUGAGUCUGCUGCUUGUGGUUUUGUACUGAACUUGUGUGUAUGUGAAGUCAUGGUCUGUUGUCGCUGUCCUAUCUGAUCAUGCCAUAUUGCAUAUUUAACUUGACAACCUUUCAUGUUGUCAUCCAUAUUUUAGUUUCCCCCUCCCAUUCCUCAGUUUACUUUUUUACUGUCCAUAAAUGUUGUCUUUCUGUUAAUGAUCUUUGUUAAAAAAAAAAAUAAUGGAAUACUU